CUCCCCUCCCUCCCUCCCUCGCCUCCCUCGCUCCCUCCCCAGUCCAUUAAAGCCUCUGGCUCGCGCCACGCUCAGCGCAUUGGCUCAUCGCGACUCCGAGACGAAGCUCCCACUCGCUGCGGGCCUUUAGCUUUGUUUCCAAGUUCCCCGUCGGAGCGUACCUGGAGGCGUCACGGCGCGAUGUCCCCUGGCAUGCUGUGGGCCCUACUGCUCGCCCAGCUGUGCCUCGCCCCGGGGGCGCGCGCCUUCCCCGGGGGAGCUCCCUCCUCCUCGUGCGUGGCCAUGAGACCCAUGCAUGACGGAGUUCGGAGCCAGACGUCACAGGCCCCCUACGUCAUCACUGCAGUGGCCACGAACGGCAGCAUCGGAGUGCCCUUCACGGUGCGGGUGAUGGGCCCGGUGUACCGUGGCCUCCUGCUGCAGGCCCGCACGCCGGGGGGAGCCACGCGACCCAUGGGCACCUGGCAGGGCCUCCCCAGGGACACGCGUCUACUGCAGUGCGACGGCAGAGAUGCAAGUGCGGUGACUCACUCGAACAUCAACGAGAAGAUUAACCAGACCUUCACCUGGAUGCCACCGGCAGGAGGCCUCACCGGGCCCAUCAUGUUCAUUGCUGCUGUCGCUGAGUCACGUGAAGUCUACUGGAUGGACAUUCGCUCCUCGGUUCUCAAUGGAGGACUCUCCAUCCAGAGCGGCGCCUCCCUGACCUGGCUGACAGCCUCGGGGUCGCUGCUCUGUGCGAGCGCUCUCCGCCUCUGAAGCGGCGGGGAGACACGGGGGGAGACACACGGGGG